AUGGCCGACGCCCGUCUCCCUAGUGUGAGAGCCACAGAACCCUGUUCGACGAAUUCGCGCAAGUCCGAAUCAGAAGACGACGAACUCGAGUCACCAACCACUCACUGCUUCGUAUUGGGAACAAAACCGCGGAGAAUAUUGUCUCGUCGUCCAGUCUCGACCGACGUGCUCCACUGCCUCGACGUCGAGACCCUCAAGCUGUUCAUGAAUGGUCAUAAGCGCACAAUUACACCUCCAAGAAGUCAGUCUGCAGUAGACUUUCGGCAUCUGGCGGCAAGGAAUGCAAAGGUGGAGAUUCCCCAUCUCGGAACUCGGCGCAUCUUUACACCAUCUCCACCUCCCCUUACCCUACUCUAUGCGCCGCGAGCCAGUGGCGACUGUAUGGAUCUCGACCAAACUACUUCGCGUCUUUCGCCCGUACAACAGACUGGUGACAUGGAACUUGAUCAAAAGCCUGGUUUUCUCAAGCCGGUAGAUCCCACCGCGACAAACAAGCCUGUGAUCCUGUCUCAAGAUUACAAGGGAACUGGGAGAUAUAGUACGGACGACGAGAUGCAUACGUCCGGUAUUGACGAGGAGAUAUUGGGUGAACAAGGACCUGCAUCCUUCUUCAACUCUCUUCGAAAGCGCUACUCGACAUGCCUAUCAACUCCGAAGAGCUUUGUAUCUGCCAAAUUUCUCUCGCAGCGUGACUUGGCACAGCUGGCUCGUCCUCCCCCAUUGCACAAACCGUAA